AUGACCAAGCCGUCCAGCCAGGAAAGGAUACGGCGGAGGAGAGGACGGCCUGUCGCCAGCAUCCGAAGCCUGGUGCUCUCCACGUUUCUGUCGUCUGCGCCUGUGUCAAUGGCUGCGUGUAUCUCGAUGCAAGGGUCUACUGCUUGCCCAGCAUUCCAGUCAGCCUCUGUCUCAAAUGACGACUUCAUUGUCGGGCUCUUCUCCUUCAUGCGGUUUGUUUCAAACACACAAAAUUUUGACGACCGAUUAAAGGAAUACGUCCGUACGAGCUACGUUCAAGAAAAGUAUCAAACACUGCUUGGUUGUGGUGGAAUUAAUCUUUCAAACACGACAGAGCAAUAUGCACGGUUUACUACGACAACGAUAUGCAAUGCACUGGUGCAGAACUCGAUUGACAGGUGCAGCCUUAGGGCAGAGCAAUCCCGUCCUGUCUGCGCCGAGACUUGCGCCCAAUUUGCCCAGAGCGAGGCAUUGAUCGCGUCCGAUGGCAGGUUGUGUGCGAAUGCUGGCAGCAAUGCUCAGAGGCAGAUAAGGGCCGACUUCACCAACUGCGCCCUGCCAGCCAAUUCCCUAUCUUCUCAAACCUGCAUUCAGGGCAUCACCAACGAGCCCGAAAACUGUGGUUAUGGCACUAGCACAAUCGGCCUGUGCUCGUACUGCGCGUCAGGCGGUAUUAAUUCCACCGACACAUGCUGCUACACGUCCAACGCGCAGAACCGAUGCGCUGGCGUUGUUCUCCCGACUGUCAUUCCCAGCAUGUCACUUCCCACCGUGGUACCCACCAGCACGGGUACGCCGGCUCCCUCGCCCGAACGAAACGGUCUUUCAGGGGGCGCUAUAGCCGGCAUUGUUAUCGGAUCCAUCAUUGGCUUUGCCCUCAUCGCAGCUCUCAUCUUUGUGUGUAUACUUCUCCGGAGACGACGUCGCGGCAGCCAAAGUGGGAGCAUCUUCAACCAACCUUCGCCUGCUCGCAGAGGAGGCACCUCUACCUCCCAAGUGCACAAUGUGCCCUCGGGACCAAAUCCGCAAGGCUACGAAGUCCUUCCAGGCGGUAGAAUCGCGAGGAUGUCAGCGCUCGAAGGCCAUACCGGAGACUCGCCGUCUCGCCAUGGGUAUGGCGGCCGCGAUGGCCGGGGUCUACCGCUUGGAGCUGCUGCGGUUGGCGCGGCAGCCGGCUAUGGCGCGGGCAGGAGCAGGGGAGGGGACAAUCAGAGCUCCUCUGACGAUUAUGCCGAAAGCCCUGAGCCCGAACCCCGAGUUGGCGUACUGCGACCGCCGCCUGCAGCCCUCAGGAGGCACGGCUCGUUGUCAAGUGGUUCGGCUUUGGGCGAAGGCGAUCCUAAUUCUCCAGGUAGUGCAGGUGGCAUGUCUUCAUCUCCGCCCGGUAUGGCCAGCCAGCAGUCGGAACAAUUACCGUUCUUCAAGGAUUACUACUCCCAAGAUGACAUUCACCCAGGCGACAAAGUCUCUGUUCUCUGGGCUUACCAACCCCGCGCUGCUGACGAGUUCACAUUGGAGAGAGGUGACAUGCUCAAGAUUGUCGGUAUUUGGGACGAUGGCUGGGCCACGGGUGUGCUUCUGGAUGAGCGCGCCGAUGAAUGGGAGGCCCGACGACACAAACAGCGAGACAGUGGUGUGUCCCACACCUCGGGACCGGCACGAGACGUAUCGUCACCGCCAGCCAGUGGCGAGAUCAAGGCAUUCCCGCUCGUCUGCGUGUGCUUGCCUGAGCACUGGAGAAAGACGAUCGAUAGCGACGGCUCGACGGAAGCAGGCUCCAGUGGCUACCCAGUCUGA